AUGAGAACAGCCAUGGAAGAGGUGAUACUGCCGGAAAGGGAAGAGAGAAGAUGGAGAUGCUUAAUGGAAGAGCUGAGAAAGGUAAGUCACAUAGCAAUGCCAAUGGUGGCAGUAACCAUCAUGCAGUACCUCUUGCAAGUCGUGUCGGUGAUGAUGGUGGGACACCUCGGCCAACUCUCCCUCUCAAGCGUUGCCAUUGCCACCUCCCUCACCAAUGUCACAGGCUUCAGCCUUCUUUCAGGAUUGGUGGGUGGAUUAGAAACGUUGUGUGGACAAGCGUAUGGAGCACAGCAAUACAGAAAGCUCGGAAACUAUACUUUCAGUGCCAUCAUCUCUCUCAUUUUGACUUGCUUCCCGGUCUGUGUCUUCUGGAUCUUCAUGGAUAAGCUAUUGAUUCUCAUGGGCCAAGACCAUUCGAUCUCAGCUGAAGCUCGCAAGUACUCAAUCUGGCUUAUUCCUGCGCUGUUUGGCGGUGCAAUUCUCAAGCCUCUAGUUCGAUUCUUGCAGUCGCAGAGCAUGAUUCUUCCAAUGCUUGUAAGCUCCUUUGUUGUCCUGUGUUUUCACAUACCCGUUUCCUGGGCUCUCAUCUUUAAGUUGGAGCUGGGAAGUACUGGCGCCGCCGUUGCAAUCAGUUUAUGCACUUGGGUCAACAUUAUACUGCUUGGAGUUUACAUAAAAUACUCUGCAGGCUGUAAGAACACUCCUAUGGUUCUCUCCAAAGAUUCCUUCCUAUGUAUUGGGGAGUUCUUCCGCUUAGCUGUCCCAUCAGCUGUAAUGGUUUGUCUAAAAUGGUGGUCACUGGAGGUGCUUGUAUUGCUAUCAGGUCUUCUACCAAAUUCAAAGCUUGAAACCUCCGUGCUUUCAAUAUGCCUUACCAUCUCUACCCUGCACUUCACCGUACCAUAUGGAAUUGGGGCAGCUGCAAGUACAAGAGUUUCAAAUGAGCUAGGAGCUGGGAAUGCAAAAGCAGCUCAAAUGGCUGUCUGGGCUGUGAUGCUUAUCACAGUCACAGAGACUACCAUAGUGAGCUUGAGCCUCUUCUGCAGCCGGUAUGUUCUGGGCCACGCUUACAGCAGCGAGCAACAAGUGGUGGACUACAUUGCUGUAAUGGCGCCCUGGAUUUGUCUUUCAGUUGUCACAGACAGCUUGCAGGCAGUCAUUUCUGGUAUAGCCAGGGGGAGUGGGUGGCAGCAUAUUGGGGCCUAUGUCAAUCUUGGAUCAUUUUAUCUGGUUGGAAUUCCAGUUGCUGUUAGUUUGGGUUUUGUUCUACAUUUGAGGGCUAAGGGCCUCUGGAUUGGGAUAGUGGUUGGCUCUACUGUACAAUCAACAACUCUUUCUCUUAUAACUGGCGUUACAAAUUGGCAAAAGCAGGCAACCAAGGCAAGAGAAAGAAUACUCAAAGAGAGAUCAGAAGGAAGACCCUCCUCAGUAUAGAAUUGAGGUUAAUGAACAAGGGAAACACUAUGCUUUUUAAGCAGGUCUUGGAUGUGAUUUCAAGGGAGGGGAGGAGGAGGAUGUGG